AUGAAUUUAACAAAUGAUUCUGGUGAAUAUGAUAAUGAUAAAAAUACAUCAAGUGAUGAAGAUGAAGAUAAUAAUAAAACAUUUGAUAAUCCACCAUCAAUACUUAUAGAAAAUUUUCUUUCUGAUAAUAAUGAUAAUGAAGAAAUCGAUAGUUGUGUUAUUGAUGAUGAUGAUGACGAUGGUGAUGAUGAUGAUGAUGAUUAUGAUGAUGAUGAUGAUGGAAGUGAUAUUGAAAAUCAUUUUUAUUCAAAAAAACAAAUACCAACACAAAAUCGUCUUUGUUCAUUAUUACGGCAAUCAAAUCGUCUUGUUGAAUUAAAAUUAAAUAUAUUUCAUAAACGUUUACUAAAUAAUCAAAAUCAAUCAUUACGACAUGCACUUUCGGAUAGUGAUAUGUCUAAACGAUCUUAUCAUUAUCAAAAUAAUCAACAAGAACAAGAUCAACAACAAUCAACACUUGUUCCCUCAUUAUCAUCAAAUCAUUUUUAUUUUCCAACUAAUCGUUCACAUCGUCUUUAUUUACCCUCAUCAUAUCUAUACGAGUUACAAACACAGAUAACUAAUUGGUUACAAGCAAGUACAUAUCUAAUUGAUUCAAUAUCAACAUCAACCUAUCAUCGACGAUGUUGGUCUCAACUUUUAUUAACAUAUUUUAUUGAAAGAGGUUAUAUUAAUCUCGAAUUUAUUCGUUGUACACAUUCAGUAUCAUUACUAACAGUUGAACAAGAUUCAUGUUCAGUACAUAAACAUGGAUGUGUACCGGAAGAAGAUGCAUAUAAAUUAUGUUCAAUAUUACAAAAAGGUUCACGGUUUACUAUAAAUUCAAUUAUAUUUGAUCAUAUACGUCGUAUUAUUGUUAUAAAAAGUUUACAAGAAGUGCCUAAUGAUAAUUCAAAUUUACAACAGAUCUAUGUUAAACAAUUAAAAGGUCUUAAACAAUCUUUAAUGCAUCAACAAUCAUCCGUAAUGAAUAUAAAUAAUAAUAAUCGAAUAAUUAGUGUUGCAUCAAUAUAUUCAAAACUUCUUUUAUUUUUAUCAAGUCUUUAUUCAAUUAAAGCCGAAACGAUGCAAAUACUUUUUUGUCAACAUCUUCUACACAAUCCGACCUAUUCCUAUCUUGUUAGUUCAUGA